AUGAGUAGAUACAAAAAUAGUGCUCUUGAAAAUGUAUACUUAAUGACAGACUGGGACAGUGAUAAGGAGAGGGAAGGGCAUCAAGGAUACAAUGAAGGACAGAGCCCAUCUGAGGCAACGGCAUCUAAUAAGACUCAAAAUGACCCGAAUAGUGAAGGAUAUAAAAUAUCAUGGAAAACCUACCUUUUUAAGUCAGCUGCUUCUACAAAGCAGUGUGUUUCUGUCAGCAAAAGCUCCAUUCAAGUAUUCCAACAUAGCUCUUUGCGGAAAGACAGUUUGGACAAUCUGGAAAGUUAUCUAGUCUGUGCUGAAAACAACGAUUGGAACCAUUUUCAAAACGGGAUUGGAUUGACCCCAUCAGAUACUUCUGAAUAUCAGAGAUUGAAUAAUGAAGAACAAAGUGCUAAGCGGGAUCCAUACGAGAGAAGCUUCACUGAGGAGUCGACCCUCCAGAAUGACCAGAGCCCUUCCAAUGGAGACAGCAUUGCUCAGUGCCCUGAAUCUGAGAAAACACUUAACCAGGGCUGCAGUGUUCAGAGACUUGUGAGGACUCAGUUUUCAGAGAACCAGUAUGAAUGUUAUAAAUGUAGGGAAGUCUUUCAUCAGAUGUCUAAUCUUAUUACACAUGAGAGUAUCCAUUUGGGAGAAAAUCCUGAUGAAUCCAGUCAGUGUGAGAAUGGUCCUCAGCAGUCCUCCAAUAUUGGUGAUGAUCAGAGAAUCCAUGAGGCCAAAAACCCAUUCAGAUAUGCUAAAUGUGGUCCCACAUUUAGUCAGUCAUCAAGACUAAGUAGAAAGAAGACUAUCCCUAGUGGAGAGAAAACACUCUUUUUUAAGGGACGUGGUAAAGUCUUUGACUCGCACUCAACCGGAUCUCAGCAUCAGCAAAUGAAUACUGAACUGAAAUCAUACAAAUGUGAAGAAUGUUGUAAAACCUUCAAGUACCGCUCAUCCCUAAGGAAACAUAGGCAAAUCCAUACCGGAAAGAAACUCUAUGAAUGUAAAGAGUGUGGCAAAGUUUUUAAAAUUCGCUCAACACUUGUUCAACAUGACAGAAUUCAUACUGGAGAGAAACCUUACAAAUGUAAGGAAUGUGGUAGGUCCUUUAGCCAGCAGUCAAACCUUACUCAACAUCACAGAAUUCAUACUGGAGAGAAGCCUUACAAAUGUCAGGAAUGUGAAUGUGGCAAGGCCUUUAAGGAGCGCUCACGCCUUGAUCAACAUCACAGAAUUCAUACUGGAGAGAAACCUUACAAAUGUCAGGAAUGUGGUAGGUCCUUUAGCCAGCAAGCAUACCUUACUCGACAUCACAGAAUUCAUACUGGAGAGAAACCUUACAAAUGUCAGGAAUGUGGUAGGUCCUUUAGCCAGCAAGCAUACCUUACUCGACAUCACAGAAUUCAUACUGGAGAGAAACCUUACAAAUGUCAGGAAUGUGAAUGUGGCAAGGCCUUUAAACAGCGCUCACACCUUACUCAACAUCACAGAGUUCAUACUGGAGAGAGACCUUACAGAUGUCAAGUAUGUGACAAGGCCUUUAAGUGUCACUCAACCCUUCGUAAUCAUCUCAGAACUCAUACUGGAGAGAGACCUUACAAAUGCCAAGAAUGUGGCAAGGCCUUUCACCAGAGCUCAUCACUUACUGUACAUCACAGAAAUCAUACUGGAGAAAAACCUUACAAAUGUAAGGAAUGUGGCAAGGGCUUUUCAUUGCACUCAAACCUUCUUAAGCAUCACAGAACUCAUACUGGCGAGAAACCUUACAAAUGCGAAGAAUGUGGCAAGGCCUUUAACCAGCGCUCACACCUUAGCAGACAUCAUAGAAAUCAUACUGGCAAGAAACUUUAA